CUUACAGAACCCGUUUUGUGCACUGUGGGUAUUCCUGUCUCUCUUUCGCACAACCUUCUCAAUUAUUCUCCUACACACAGGGCCAGAUCGGAUUUACUGUCCCAACUAGAAAGUCCAGUUCGACCGACCAGGAUGGCACAGCCCGAGCACGGCAAAAAAUGGAUACCUGGUGUGGCGUCUUAUGUAAGAGCCAGUGGAAGCGUACCACGACCCCAGCCGAGUCCACAAAAUCAGACGGGUGCACCUGCAGUGAUUCCGAGUAAACAGCACUACAGUUCUUACAUCAGCAAAAGGCCAGUCCUGGUUCUACAGAAUGAACCAAUCAACUAUCGAGGUCGUCCCUAUACUACUGAGGAUGAAGCCUGGAAGUCAUUCCUUGAAAAUCCCCUCACAGCUGCCACUAAAGCAAUGAUGACCAUUACUGGUGAUGAGGACAGUGCUGCUGCCCUGGGACUGCUCUAUGACUAUUACAAGGUUCCCAGAGAGAAGAGAAACAUUUUGUCAGGAAAAACAGACAGUACUGAGCAUCCAGAACACCUCAAAAGGAGCUGCAUGGCAACUGUUGCAGAGCCAUCAAUUAUUUCUGCUGUGGACAACAGAGUACAGGUUCUGAAAGGAGUACCUCUUAAUAUUGUUCUUCCCAGUAACCAUCAAAUGGGAACUGACAAACGGGGCCAAUUUACAGUACCAGACACUACAGUUACUUUGUCCAUAGCAACAGUACCGCCUCAUACCAUCAAGACUGAGAUAGAGCCUCACAGCUUUUCUGUCAGUGUACCACCAUCUGUUUAUUGCCCUGAGACCGCAGAGCGGAUUGUUGUGUUUGACAGAAAUCUCAGUACGGACCAGUUCAGUUCAAGUACACCUCACCAAAACUCUCAAAGACGCACACCAGAUUCCACCUUCAGUGAGUCUUUCAAAGAUGCAACACCAGAGGUAUUCUUUCCUGCUGAACUGAAUCUGCGGAUGUCCAGUAUAGGUUCAGAAGACUAUGUUUUUGACAACAUUGCAGGGAACAAUUUUGAAUACACAUUGGAGGCAUCAAAAUCUCUCCGACAGAAACCUGGGGAUGGAACAAUGACAUACCUGAACAAAGGUCAGUUUUACCCAAUCACAUUGAAGGAAAUCAGCAACAAUAAGGGAAUCCACCAGCCCAUCAGUAAAGUCAGAAGUGUUGUUAUGGUGGUGUUUGGGGAAGAUAAAACUCGUGAUGACCAGCUCAGGCACUGGAAGUACUGGCAUUCAAGGCAGCAUACAGCCAAGCAGAGGUGCAUUGAUAUAGCUGAUUACAAGGAGAGCUUUAAUACGAUAAGCAAUAUUGAAGAGAUUGCAUAUAAUGCCAUUUCCUUUACAUGGGACAUCAGUGAUGAAGCAAAGGUGUUUGUUGCUGUGAACUGCCUGAGCACUGAUUUCUCAUCACAGAAAGGAGUGAAAGGUCUGCCACUAAACAUUCAGAUCGACACUUACAGCUACAACAACCGAAGUAACAAACCUGUCCACCGUGCCUACUGCCAGAUCAAAGUCUUUUGCGAUAAGGGAGCAGAAAGAAAAAUAAGAGAUGAAGAAAGGAAGCAGUCCAAAAGGAAAGGCAAGUGUGCUGAGCCCAGUUCCCAGAUGACUGUCUAUUCUGAUGUCAAGUUGCCAUUGCCACCAACACAGAAAAGAACAGAUAUUACAGUCUUCAAGGCACUUGGUGACCAUGACACUCAGCCUGUUCUUUUUAUACCAGAUGUUCAUUUUUCUAAUCUGCAACGUGGAGGACAUGCAUUUCCAAUAGUAGAAGAACUGGACUGUGAGGGGUCAGGAAUGAAGAGGAUAUCCUUUGUGGCUGAAGAAGAUUUUGGUUCACAUUCUAGCAAACUGGCAAGGCUUGAGGAGUCAAAGAAAGUGUUACUUUAUGUAAGAAAGGACAACGAAGAAGUGUUUGAUGCCCUGAUGCUGAAGUCACCAUGUCUGAAGGGUCUGAUAGACGCUGUUUCAGAAAAGUAUGAAAUACCAUUUGAGAAAAUCGGAAAGAUUUACAAGAAAUGCAAAAAAGGAAUCUUGGUGAAUAUGGACGAUAAUAUUGUAAAGCAUUACUCCAAUGAAGAUACUUUUCAGCUGCAUAUUGAAGAAACAGGAGGAUCAUUCAAGCUGACCCUCACAGAGAUAUAAAACACUCCGUAUCACCCUGGAUUCAGUAGCAGCAAGGGAGGAAUAGUCUUUUUCUGCACGUUCACAGAUGGGCUAUACAAAGAAGGUGUUUUCCACAUUUACAGACAGAAAUACUGAGGUGUAUACAGAGGCAUUUGUGCACUCUUGAAAGAGAUGCCCACAGCCUUACUAAUUAAAAUAACUUCCUGAAAACAAGAAGAAUAACUAAUGUUUGGCCUAUGCCCAUCUAGCAAAUAGUUUUAUUUUAUCAUUUGGUUGUCUAGCAAUAUUGCUACAUGUGAUAGUUUGGUACAAAGACAAAUGGAGGCAGGCAUGGUGGUAUGAGAUCAAAACAAUACGUCUGCAAGAUAAAGAAACACAAAACAAAA